AUGGCGAUGCGGCCCAAGUCCGAGAUGUCCCCGCCGCCCUCCGACCAGAGGGGCGCUGUCAUCGAGGAGCUGAGGAAGGGCGCUCAGCUGGCUGACCGCCUCCGGCAACAACUGGAGCUCAUCCCGGAGCUCGGUCGCCGCAGCGCCGCGCUGGCCAGCGUGAGCAACAUCUCCACGGCCCUAGUGUCGUCCGCCUCUAUGCUGGAGUCCAACAGAGAGCAGUACGGCUGCUCCUCCCCCGACCCCGGGGCGGCAGCCUAUGCUGCCGGCGCCUCCGGUAAUGGCGGUGGCAUUGGGGCGCGAAAUGGAGCCAUUGCCCGCACCAGGAAGGCAAAGCACCGGCGAGGCCCCCAUGGCGAGGAGCUUCCAAUCAAAGGGAGGAUACUAACUGAGACACCAGAAAAUGAUGGGUUCCACUGGAGGAAAUAUGGCGAGAAGAAGAUCCUGAAUGCUGUUUUCCCAAGGUCAUACUACAGAUGCGGAUACAGCGACGAGCACAGGUGCCCGGCAAAGAAACUUGUGCAGCAGCAAAACAACAACGACCCUCCUGUGUUCAUGGUCACCCUGAUCAACGACCACACAUGCAGCAGUCUGUUCCCUGCUAAUGAUCAACCACCCAGCAGCUCAAACAGUGCUACUGCUAACUCACAAGUGCUGGACUUCACCAAAGCAUCGCUCUCUUCAGCUGUUGGUCUCUCGAGGUUGAAGAAAGAGGAAGACGCAGGCAUGUCGGUGACCGUGCCUAGCUACACGUAUGAGGAGUUGGCUUCUUAUUCCUCGCUGCCGUUGCUCUCGCCGAAGGAGUGGGAGAUGGAGAUGGAGAUCAAGUCACUUUUUCGUCAUCACUCGGGAGGUGGUACUUAG